AUGAGCGUCACAACCCACCCGAGAGAGCCUCCCCCAAUGGGUGAACUGGCAACCAUCAUCCAGAAGUCCCUUGAAUCCAACUUCGCGAACGCCACAGCACGUGUUGUUGACUGCCCGGACCUACGCGAACCCCCCUUCAACCUCGCUGCAGCCGGACUCUCCGGAAAUCCAUGCAUUGCUGAUAUCGGAGGACAGGCCAAUCUUUUCCCGACCCCGAACCUCAAUGCCAAAUACUCGCUUCUUUCCCUUGCAAAGGACAUGCAAAUGUUACCCACCGGGGGUUCUAUAAUCGGCGCAGGUGCGGCUCCGUUCCACGAUAUCGGCCAUAAUGCCGAGCUUGCUCCAAAUAUUUCCUGGAGUUCGGAAGCGGACGUACCAGAAUUCGAUAUCCCGUCUUCAUUGAGGGUUGUCAAUAGAACACGGGUUAUUGAUGUUAACACUGAGGGCUUAUCGUCAUGUCACCAUGCUACCAGUACGAACUGUGCGCUUAUGAUGAAUUUGUAUGGGUCAACUGGUGAUCCAGGGCAAGUGCUCAAGAUCUCAGCGAGAGGACGCACGGGUGAUCAGAACUUCACCAAUUGUAUUCGCCUUGGACUUCGUGAUUUCUAUGGGGAUUCAAAUCCGAUAAGUCUCGGUGGGGUAUUUCUUCUCAAGUCUGGUAAGGCCAAGUUUCAUGUUAUGCCCGACUUUCCAAAAGAUUUACCCUUCCGAGAUCGAGAGCAACUGGAGAAGGAAUGGCUGACUUAUCAUGUAUUCGAUGCGCCUGUCGUGUGCUUGACCGUAAUGCAUAGUGCUGACCCGGAGAGUUUGGGGUUAAGGAUGGAGCACACCCAUUGUUUUGAUGCUGAGGGUAGUCGCAAAGGUGGUCACUAUCAUUAUGAUGUGCCUGGCGAGGAGGAAGUUGAGUAUGAGGCCUAUUUGCAUCCUGCUUCUAUACUUUACAGGAUUGAUCGACCCUUCUGA